UUUAUGUGGAUUUCAAAGUAACUGUGACUUUUGUACAUAUAAAUACCAGCAACGUACAGUUAUCAAAAUUAAAUGAUAUAUAUCUAGUGGAGAGCCAGGUCCUAUUCAACACGUAUGAUUGAUUCUACAUGCAUUAAUAUGCUAGAUUUUAAAAAUGUGCUCGUCUAAUUUAGUGAUCUAAGUCUACCACAUACUAGUGGAGGAUCUACAAUUUUCGUUACUUUGGACAUAUGAUUUAUAUUCGUUUACAACGCGGAAGAGAACAUGGAAGGAGUGAAAGACGACGAUGAGAAGAAAUACAAUGAAAUGCUGAAACCAAUUACAUACAAAUCGGAUAAUAAUAGGAAAUACAAGUACCGACACGAAGACUUAAUAUGGCGAUCUAAAUACAGAGCUAUAAAAGGGAGAAUACACAGUCUCAAGAGACUUCAUUUGCUGUACGAUAAGGACGAAGAAGAUGGAAAAGAAAAAGUAGUAGAGAAAUCAAAGCAGUACAGCAAUGACGAAACCAAUAAGGUGACAUUACGUGACUAUCCAAUCAGCAUGCUUGAAGAUAUUGGAAUGUUUUCAGUAUUUUCCGAUGAAACAUCGACAAAAGGCCCAUCACUAAAACUAUCCAGAGAUCCUGGACGUAUGUUCAGUAGAGGCCACCUGCAUCAAACAGAAUUAAAGACAAAUCAAGCAUACGGAGGAUUUGAUGUACCAAAGUCCUUAGCCCAUUAUGGCAAGUUCAAGGGUAAAAUACCAGAGGUCAGAGCGACGGUCGAUGGCGCAUUAAGAGACUACGGUAAUGACAGGGUCAAAAUGUGGAAUUUGACCAUCAGGAAUGAUGAACGAUAUGACCAUUUCAACCAAAUGAGAUCGCAAAGUGGCACGAAAAGGAAGAGACUACAGCUUCAAACAAUGGAGAAAGGUACUCAGAGUUCUACGGAGAGAGAAAUACAAACAGUUUAUCCUGUAGAACGACGUGAUUCAUUCGAUUUAACAAUGGGCAAACAGAGGUCUGAGGUAUCAACAGAGGAGAUACAAAGUAAACCAAAACUAGAACUGAAAACUGGACUGGAAAAAGCGGACAUCGCCGCUAUAGAUUUUUUGGACGGCUUUGAUAGACUUAGGGAACAAGACUGUCAGAAAAUGAUCAAUGAAAUAUACUUUAAACCUGAUGAAGAUAUCAUUUCAUAUAUAUAUGUAUUACAAUCUGACAUCCCAAGUGUCCAGUUAAUGAAUAUCGUAACAGUAAGAAUUCCGGUAAAAAUCAGAUUUGAUUCAGAAAAAUUGAAAUUCUUCAUAAGGAUGAGGGUUGGACUGGUCUGGCGUAGAAUUGAUGCUAGAUUCGAGGAAACACCAGGAAACUCAAUAUUUGAAGGUUAUGUAGUAUUCAAAACUGAAAUUCGUGGAAAUUUCUUUGCAACGUGCGAUUUCAUACAAUUCACCUACAAAGUUGACAAACAUGGAUACAAGUUUAAAAAUGCUUUAAUUCCUGACAUACAAGUAGCUGUGAAGGGAGGAGUCUUGGAUGAACCAGAAGACGUUACAUUUCAGGUGCGACUUAUUGACAGGGAACGAUUUUCCAAAUAUGACGACGUAUGUCCAAGACUUAUAUACCCGAUUACCUAUAUAUCAGAUGGUUUAUGGAUUCGACGAAAUAAGUUAUUGUAUUCUAAACGAAUAUCGCCGUUAUUGAUAACAAUUAUGAAUGAUAUUUCAUAUGGGAUAGACAGUGAAGUAUACUUGAUUCGUGAGAAGCAAGGAAGAAUAAAUGUUAUCGGUUGUAGAACAAGUACUGAAAAGAAAUUUAUAGUGAUGCUGGACCAUACACACUCGACGUUCUGGUAUGUGGUUACCAAAGAAAUAAAUAAGUACAAGGCGUAUGAACCGAUUUUAGAACGUGGAUUUUCUGUUGCUUCAUCACGAACUUGUGUUUGCAAAAUUCUUACCUUUCACGAAAAUAAAAAAGAGGAGUUUAACUUUUGGGUAUGCAUAGUAGAACAUCCAGAUGUUGAUAAUACGGUCAGUAAAUACCUUGGUCUAGGUGGAGUACAUGUAGCAGACGAUAAACGAUUGGAAAUGUCAGACGAUGGUGGGAUUUCUCGUACUAUCGAUUUCGCUGCCCGUUCUUCGGUCGUAAAUAUUGAGCUUGACGGUAAUUUCAAACAAAGACAUUACAAGGAACUCCCUACAUUGCAAUUUAGUGUCGGACAUUCAUGCCGAGUAAAAUUCAAAAUAAAAUGUCGAAUUAAACCCCUACUUUGUGAUGAUAAGGAAAAGGUAGCAUUUAUUCGAUUUUAUAUCGGAACAAAGACUAUCCAUGAAGUUCUUAUCGAUACUGCAGCACCUAUUCAAGAUUUUGUUGUCGUACCCAAAACCGAAGCACCGGAAUAUACAAGAGAAGCUAUUGAGAAGUUAUUAAGUGCAGAGAGCCUACAUAAACUUGCCGCUUGUUUGUCAGAAGAUGAGGGAUUUGACCUGUCAAUACGUCUUGGGGUUCCUGCUGGAGCCGUAUCAAAAGUCUUAAUCAUGUAUGGCAGUGUUGAAAGUAAAAACUUCAGACUGAUUUUGCUUUGGAAACAAGCAACAAAAGGAGAAGUGUCGGAUAUAAAAGACUUCAUUAAUGCUUUUCAUGACAUCGAUCGGGGCGAUUUAGCUUUUGGUAUAAUGGAUGCUUUAGACAAUUGUAGACCAUUUAAAAAGUGAAGUCUUUAAGCCGCCAAACCUCAGUUGAAUAUAUAUGGUUAUUUUAAAAUAGCAAUGAUUAUUCGAAAGUUAUGAUUACUGGUGUUCCUGCAUUUGUUAAAGCUCAUGGAUACCAACAUCAAAGCAACAAUUAUUACCUUGUCUGCCACAAAUAAAAAACCAAUAAAUUUUAAAUAUGUUAACAAACGAGAAAACUUUUGAGAUAUGGUUGCAACAACAAAAAAAUCAUCUUAUUUCAAACAAAUUUAGUAUUCACUUUCAUCAAGUUAGAAAAAGUAAAAUCACAAAAAUACUGAACUCCGAGGAAAAUUCAAUCGGAACGUCCCUAAUCACAUGGCAAAAUCAAAUGACAAAACACAUCAAACGAAUGGACAACAACUGUCAUAUUCCUGACUUGGUACAGGCAUUUUCAAAUGUAGAAAACGGUGGAUUGAACCUGGUUUUAUAGCGCUAAACCUCUCACUUGUACGACAGUCUUAUCAAAUUCCGUUAUAUUUACAACGAUGCGUGAACAAAACAGACAUUAUAAAUAAAAUAGUCAAAAUAUGGGUACAGCAGUCAUCACUGUGUUACAAUAUCAAAACAAACAAUUAUUUACAAAAAAGCACAAAAGCAUCUAUCAAAUUAAAAACCACAUUCAUUGCUUCGCGUGUCUGACGUCAGAAAAUGUAAACGUCACAUAAGAAAAAAGUUUGUCAUUCAAUGUUUAUUCAAAACAAUUUUAUAAUUUCACAUGGGGAAUGUUGGUAUACAGGGUUAAAAAAUCAAAAGUUAUGUUAGAAUUAAUUUCAGAAAUAGACCGAGAUUUAAAAUUGUCCAGAAGUUCUUUAGAAUUUUUAAGAAUCCACAUAUGGUUAAUACCACUACGCGAGUAAAAUAAAUUUGUCGUUUGUCGUUCAAAGUAUUUUCAAAUUUAUAAUAGAACAAUAACAUAAUGACAUAUAAUAGAACAAUAACAUAAUGCCGGGAUCUUUUAAAGUACAGAGUCACGUUAUAAGAACCACAGAAACACAAAAAGUCGCAUAUACAAAACACACCAGCAAAAAUGAAAGAUAAUACAAACACAUUGACGGGAUGUAUAAGUACCUAGCCACAUCAAAUGGAUAUCACAGAAAACAAACCAAACAGUAAAAGUAAUAUUAAUAAUAGAACAAAGACAAAUGAAAGAACAAUAUUACACGUUUAAGAUUCUAUCCCUUUUUAAUCCAGUCAAUUAAGGUCUUAUUUACAUCUAUCAAUUAUAAUUUCCUUUUUUAUUAGUAGAUACAAUAGAGAUUGAACAUGUAUUUAUUUUUUUAGGAAAUAAGUAGGCGCCACUCUUAAAGAUGUUUAGUAUGGUUAAGCUUCUCAAUUGUGAAUAUCUAUCAUAUAUUAUAUAUUUAUUUGUUCGUUUAAUAUAAAAUUUUAUUUUUUAUAAUUGGUUUAGUAAAAAUGAUAUGACACA